AUGGCUCAAUCCGGUCGAGAUAGCGGAGGUGACCUCUUCGACAUGGCACAGAAAGGCACCAAGGUUCCAGACGACGCAGCAGAGCCCAGAUACAUCCCUUCCAAAGCACGCCCAGACCAAAUAGCCUCCAAAAUAGACCCCAAUGCCCUUGGUGGCCGGACAGUUGCAGAGGCUGCGACCAACUCAGGCGACAUUCCUAGAACCACCAGAGACACUAUCGCCAAUGACAUUCUGACUGGAACGGGAGACUCUCUUCCCUCCCAAGUCGAUUCCAAACGACUGCAUUCGGUGCCUGGCGGUGUCACUCACGAUCCAUUUGCCAAGGGCUCAACGAGGAUGACGGAGCACAAAGUCCAGCCCUCAGACUUUGUGAAGGGUGCAUCAGAUGGCCCGCAAGCUGAUCGAGCUCCGGGCCAGGAGCCAUUAAGUGACGAGCAGGUGAUGGAUAAUCUUGAGCGCAGAGGAUAG